AUGCCUACAAACAACCUCGCCUACACCGCACCCAUCAAUCCCACAGGGACAAGUCUAAGACUCCACCAAAACCAAAUCUGGACCGGUCUCAAGCUCAAGAUCCGAUCUGCCGAAACCUUCGUCCCAAAUGCCAUUUCAUCCACCACUGUCCUCUCCGAGUCCACCGAUCCCAAUACCGGAAACGAAAUCACCGUCCGGGAAGUCGUGUUCGUUGAAUCCCAACGCAAAGCCCAAGAGACUGUUGAGGCAUUUGAGCCUUCGAGAGUUAUCUUCAAGCAGCAGGAUGGUAGUACGAUUUCGAAUAUUAUCAGUGAGGAUGCUCAUGGGGAGCUGUUUAUGACUUAUACUUUUGAGUGGAGGCAUCCUGAUGUCACUGAUGAGGAGAACCCGGCUCUGCUGAAGAAGGAGAAGAAGAUGAGUAGGAUGGCUGUUGAGGGGACUAUUGCGGUUUUGAGGAGGUUAGUUGAUACGGGGAAGAUUUAA